GCAGUCCCGCCGGCCGCGCCGCCCCGCUCCGACCUAUGGCUCCGGGCCGGGCGCUGCUGCCCGCGGCGCUGCUGGCGCUGGCGCUGAGCCCGGCACCCGCGGCCGCGCUGCCGUGCGCCGCUCACUGCCCGGCGGGUACGUUCGUAGCCAGCGCCGACUGCGGACGGGGAGCGGGCGCGUCCUGCCAGCCCUGCCCGGCCGGCACCUUCUCCAGCGCGGCGGGACGCGGCAGCUGCAGGAUGUGUCGGCAGUGCCAAGGACUAUUUCAGUAUUUGAAAAGGUGUUCCUCAACGAGUGAUGCUGAAUGCACGUGCAGGGAGGGCUAUCGCUGCGGCGGUGAUGGCUGCACCUACUGCAUCCGAAGCUGUGGCGUGGGCCAGGAGCGCACCAGGAACGGUUGCCAGGCUUGCCGCUACGGAACCUUUAAUGAUCAGCCCAAUGGCUCCUGUAAAAACUGGACAAUGUGCUCUGGGAACCAAGUCCUGGAGCCUGGAACUCCAGCAAAAGAUGUCAUUUGCAAAGACGCUUCAGUUAAUUUCACUUCAGUCACUACUAUACCUACAACAUCUCUCAAAAUUCCAUUUUCUAUCACUGUUCCAGGGAAGGAUGUUCAGACAGACAUGAUCAGGAUUUCUCUCGCUGUGGCUGGGCUGUCGUGCAUAGUGUUUCUGCUGCCUUUGUGCAUCUGCUUCAGUGUCUGGCAGAAAAAGAAACUACACACUGUCUUCAAGAAAAUGCACACACUUGAACAGUCAGUUCAAGAAGAUGAUGCCUGCAGCUGCCACUUCCCUGAGGAAGAACAAGGUGAAUAUCAGAAUCCUGGCAAGUCCACAGAAUUGAGAGAUCUUCUGAUGAACUAAAAAUUGAACUGUCCAAGUCAGCCACAUUUGAAUUUUCUUUUGGAACACAGAACAAGAAUCUGUUUAUGUAAAUACAGCAGGUGUCAGCACCUGAGUGAGCAGUAAAUAGCCCAGCCACUGGGGAAAAAUGCUUUUUUAAAUAUUUCUUUAAAAAAUAAUAAAAAAACCCUCCAAAGCA